CCACAACAAUUUUUGUGAUCUAAGAUAUAAGACAAGAUUUAAAAGUUUCGAUAAUAAACACAAAGUUUUUAUUUUAAGAAAUGACUGGACGUGCAAGAGGAAGAUCAAGAGGUCGUGGUGGUGGUAAUGAAGAUGCUCCACAACCUCCUGUUGGAGUUCAACCUGAACCUUAUCAAGCACCAGCUGGUCGUGGACGAUCUCGUGGAAGUGUUCCUUUACAGCAUGCUCAACCUCCACAGCCUGCUCAACCUCAGCAAACUGCUCAACCUCCACAGCCUGUCAAAGUACCACCUAGUGAUCAAAGACAGCAGCAGAUGUCUUCUUUACCUGCAGAUAUGUCUAAAUUGCAAGUUCGCGAUGAACAACCACCUAGAGAUGAACGUCGCAGAAGAGGUUUUGGUUUAGAAGACUCUCAUGUUUUAAAGACAAGAGAAGAAGGCCAGCUUAAAGUGGGUACAUUUGGUCAGCAGGUGGAAAUUGUGUCCAACUUUUUCAAAGUAGAUUUCAGAUCUGCUGAUUUACAUUUAUAUAAUGUAGUAUUUGAUCCUGAUGUACAGAGUUCAAAGUUUAGACAUGCUAUGCUUCAUAAAAUUGAUGAUGUAAUAGGAAGUACACGUUGUUUUGAUGGUAUGAUUAUGUAUUUGCCAAAAAAACUUUUGGAACCUGUGACCAAGUUGUCUGUUAAAACAAAUAAAAAUGAAGAUAUUUCAAUUACUAUAACACACAGAUGUGCUGUGCCUGCAAAUUCUCCUUCAGUUGUUCAACUGAUGAACAUUUUAUUUAAAAAGCAGCUUAAAAUAUUAAAUAUGCAGCAAAUUGGGCGGCAUUAUUUUAAUCCAGACCGCAAAAUAGAUGUGCAAGUUGAAGUGGAAAGAGGUAUCGCAACUCAGUUGCAAGUUUGGCCUGGACUUCAAACCUCAAUUUUGCAAUAUGAACAGUCUGUCAUGUUGUGCGCAGAUGUGACGCACAAAGUAAUGCGCAGAGAUAGUGUUUUGGAUUUUUUAUAUAAUACUCAUCGUAGUUUGUCCUCACAAGGAAAAUCAAAUACAUUUUAUGAAGCUGCCGCUAAAUCACUCAUUGGUGAAAUUGUUUUGACCAGGUAUAAUAACAAAACAUACCGUAUUGAUGAUAUUGAUUGGAAUAAACAUCCAACUGAUAAAUUCACAAAGGCUGAUGGUUCUGAAAUUUCUUUUCAAGAAUAUUAUGAAAAAACUUAUGAGCGUAAAGUCCUAGACCCAAUGCAACCUUUGCUAAUUUCAAAGCCUAAAGAUAAGGAUAAAAAACGUGGUACCCAAGGACCAAUCCUUUUAUUACCAGAGUUUUGCUCCAUCCAAGGUUUAUCAGAAACUAUGCGUAGUAAUUUCAAUGUUAUGAAAGACCUCGCUCAGCAUACUCGAAUUUCUCCUGAGAUGCGUGCGAAAAAUUUAGAGUCAUUCAUGAAUGAACUCCAAGCAAACCCUGAAGCUGUGCAGGAGUUAACAAGAUGGAACAUGAACUAUGAGAAAAAGCUUCUGCGGAUGACUGGAAGGUGUUUUCCUGCUGAAAAUAUGAUCCAGAAAGAUGCGAAAUUUACUUACAAAAUUAGUGAUGCUGAUUGGACAAAAGAAUCACGUGGCAAAAUGUUGUUAUCACCAGUUAGCAUUAGCAAAUGGCUGCUAGUUUUUUCUCAGCGUGAUAGUAAUAUUGCCCAAGAUUUUAAAAAUACACUGCAAAAGGUAUGUGGACCUAUGGGAAUGCAAGUUGCUGAACCUGAAUUGUGUCGUUUGAACCAAGAUAAUGCAAAAGCAUUUUUUACAGCUCUUAAAGAAAAUAUCACAAAUGAUCUUCAAAUAGUUGUGUGUAUUGUCCCCAAUAACAAUAAAGAUCGCUAUGACUCUAUAAAGCGUCUGUGUUGUGUAGAACGACCUAUACCAUCGCAAGUUGUUGUCAGUCGUACUUUAUCAAAGCAGCAGAUGCUUAUGUCUGUUUGUACAAAAAUUGGCAUACAACUAAAUUGUAAAAUGGGUGGUAAUGUCUGGGCUGUUGAUAUUCCAAUACAAGUAAUGGUUGUUGGAUAUGAUGUAUACCAUGAUUCACUUACAAAAGGAAAGUCAUUUGGUGGUUUUGUAGCUAGUACAAAUAAGUCACUUACUAAUUAUUAUUCAAGAAUCACUGCUCACACAAGUCACCAGGAAAUUUGUGAUCAGUUAAAAAUUUGUAUGACAGGUGCUCUUAAAAAGUAUCACGAAAUCAACAACACUCUUCCUGAUAAAAUUAUUGUAUAUCGAGAUGGAGUUGGAGAUGGUCAGUUAGGCAUGGUCCAUGGACACGAACUGCCACAACUAAAAGAGGCAUUUAAAGAUGUUGGUGCUGGUUACAAUCCGAAGUUUGCUAUGAUUGUUGUUAAGAAAAGAAUAACUACGCGAUUGUUUUUAGGUAACAAUGGCCAGUACUCAAAUCCACCUCCGGGUACAGUUGUUGACACGGUGGUGACUAGACCCGAGUGGUACGAUUUUUUUUUGAUUUCUCAAUCAGUGCGUCAAGGUACUGUAUCACCAACACAUUAUAAUGUUAUAAGUGAUAAUACUGGUUUAAAACCUGAUCAUUUUCAAAGAUUAACCUACAAGCUAUGCCAUCUGUACUAUAACUGGCCAGGAACAAUUAGAGUUCCAGCUCCUUGCCAAUAUGCACAUAAGUUGGCAUUCCUCGUUGGUCAAAGUAUCCAUUCUGAACCUAAUCCUGUUUUAGCUGAUCGUUUAUAUUAUUUAUAAUCGGCAAACUAUAAAUAUAUAAUUCAUGCUAAUAAACAUGCAAUUAUUUCUUUCGUUGAAUAUCAGUAUUUUUACAGAAAACUAUUUUCAAAGUAUGAACUUUUUUGUAUAUAUUAUAUGACCACUCUGGUUUUGUUUAAUAGUAUUGCGUUUUUAUCAAGGUGAUUUUUUACCAACAGAUGCGUUUUUAUCUACAGAUGUUGAAUUUUAUUAAAGUUGUUAGGCUUAAAGCUUAUUAUAAUGCGAUUGAGCGCACUUUUCUUUUUAAAGAUUUCAAAUGAUUUCGAAAAUAUUUUUAUUAUGAGAUUAACAUUUUUGUUAUGUUACAUAUCAGUAUUAACAAUAGACUAUACUUUAUUUUGUCAUCUAGCUUCUUGAUGAUUUUUUUUCUUUUUUUGUAUAUAUGUUUUUCGAUUUAUCUUGAUUUAAUUGUGCGCAUUAUACAAU